CGUUCUGCUACUCAGGGCCCUACGAGCGCGAUCGUACGCAGGUUCCGGGGCUCGGUCUUGAUGAGAUGGCGGAGGAAGGAGUGCAGGCCGAAGCCGAAGCCCGACGAGCGGGCGAGGAAGGCGAGCUGCGGGUGAGGGGCGUCGCGGAGCCGUCCUCGCGGCGCCUGGUGCUCCCCCCCUCCUGGCUGUCCCCGGCGGGCGAGUUGCCCGCGAGGCUAGGGAGCUGGUAUCCGGCCCUAGAGGUCUUGGACGUGAGCGGGACGGGGCUGUCGGUGCUGGGCCCCGAGCUGCUGGACCUGGCGCAUCUGCACACGCUGCUGGCGAAGAACAACCGGUUGGGGUCCCGCGGGUCGCUCCCGAAGGGCCUGGCCAGCGCCCCCCUGGGCCAGUCCUUGCGCCUCCUCAACUUGAGCGGCAACCGCUUCACGUACUUCCCAGCCUCGCUCCUGGGCCUCUCCCGCCUCCAGAGCCUCAGCCUGGGGAGCAACCGGCUCCAGAGCAUCCCCCCCGCCAUCCAGGAGCUCAGCAGUUUAGAAUUUUUAUAUCUUGGAGGAAAUUUCAUUACUUCCAUUCCACCAGAGUUAGCAAACCUGUCUUCACUAAGUUACCUAGUCCUCUGUGAUAACAGGAUACAGAGUAUUCCACCUCAGUUGGCACAGUUGCAUUCACUUCGCUCUCUUAGCCUCCACAAUAACUUACUGACAUAUCUUCCUCGGGAGAUCCUCAAUCUAGUUCAGCUUGAAGAACUGAGUUUGCGUGGGAAUCCUUUGGUUGUGAGGUUUGUCCGUGAACUGACCUACAAUCCUCCAAGCCUCCAAGAACUGGCUGGACGCACUAUCAAAACUCGCAAUAUUCCUUAUGUUGCUAGUGAUCUCCCUGGAAAUCUCCUUCGAUAUUUGACUCUGGCCAGCAAUUGUCCUAAUCCUAAGUGUGGAGGAGUCUACUUUGACAGCUGUGUCCGCCAAAUAAAAUUUGUCGAUUUCUGUGGGAAGUACCGUGUUCCACUGAUGCACUACCUUUGUUCCCCUGAGUGUUCUUCCCCUUUCAGUUCUGCAUCUCAGAGUUCUAAUUCCCAGAGUGAAUCUGAUUCAGAAGAUGAAGCCAUUGUUGCUGCACGCAGAAUGCAAAAGGUUCUUUUGGGAUAGGAAGAAAAGAUAAUACAAGAAGCAAGUGCCUGAUGUCCUUUGGAAUGGGCUUGCCUAUAUUAUAUUAUUCACUGAAAAUGCACCUGUAGAAUUAUCCAUGAGAAAGCCACUAAAUGCCUUAGAGGGAAAUUAGUGUAAAGACAUCUUACAGCUUGCUACCUGGAAGGACACUCUUAAAGCUUGAGAUGUUUCAGGAAUUCUUGGCACUGGUGACUUGUUAGAGAUGUUUUAAACCAGGGGUGUCAAACUGCCAGCCUCUAGGCCAGAUGCGUCAUGCCGAAACUGCGCCUACCCCAUUGCCGGCAAUGGAAAAAAAUUGCGAUAUGUCGCGACACGUCAUGUGACAUUGCAAGUUUGAUACUCCUGUUUUAAACUUCAGUUCUGAGACUGACUUUAAGGUGGAUUUUCUUUAAUCACUGUGAUAACAUGCUUAUCUAAGAAUACAGAGUAGGAGUUCUUUAGUAAUGUGUUUAGCAACUGUUGUACUUGAAUAUUGUUCUUCCCAUAAAGCUGCUUGGGCUUUAUAUAUUUAUUUUUUAGCAAAAUUCCUCCAAAACGCACAAAUAUCAAAAUGUGUUACUUCCUUCUUAUUUGGUUUCACUGCCUAUGAUCAAAUGCUAUGCUAUAAUAGCGUUAAUGUGCCUUUCCAUAUUUUUAUACCAGCUUCAUUUUUCUGUCCUUCAGUGCAUUGUUAAAUCAUACCUCCAAACAUUUGGCAGCAAAAUUAUUGCUUUUUGGUAGCACUUUUCCUAUUUUUUUGACCCAAGAACUGAAAUAGGUAUAUUAAUGCAGGGCAAAAGACAGACAGAAAAAUUGUAUUUUGUCAGGUAAAUUGCCCCAGUUUCCUCCACAGGGGCUAAAUUCACUCGGCUGCUGCAGUGCUCCCUAUGGCUUGUGCUCUUGAAAGUUGUGGUUCACCAGAAUUGGGAGUUUCUAAUUUCUGUGUUAUGCUAUAGUGCAUCACUAGUGCCUUCCUUGGGUUUUCUUCUUGAAGACUACCAUUUUCUAACUUGUGAGAAAUAUAAAGAAUUCACUGUUCAAAUUCAUUUAAAGCAAAAUUGCAUUUUUUUACAUAUACCUUGGUGCCAUUAUUUGCCACCUUUUAUGUUAUGGGUAGCAUUCUAUCAUAUAUAAUUAUCUGUACAUGUAUCCAUAUAUUUAACAUAAUAUAACUUUAUUUUGUAAAAAGUCAGACAUUUUUACCAAUCCGUUUAUUUCUUCUAUUCCCUUUAUUGCAAAGUUACUUACAUUAUAUCCUUCCUCUCUUCCCUUGUUCAUACUCAAAUUUGAUCUUAUCAUACAUGCAUUGCCUUUUUGUAAGACUUUGACCCAAACUUCCUGCCUCUUACAUUUCUAAGCAUGUUGAAUUGUUGAAGAUACCUCAUAUAUUUAGGGAUACUUCUAGUCUCUACAAAAGAUAAAUAUUCACAGAGGAGUUGCUUUUUAUUAGACAUCACUAAGUUUAUCAGUGACAGUACGUUGGUGAACUUAGGCAAUCAUUUUUUAGCACACAACAGUCGCACUAUCAGACAGUUGUGACUCCCCUUUUCAUACAAUAGAUAUGCUCUUCUCUACAGAUUUGUGGUUUAAUCUUUGUUUUUUUUUUUUGAAGCGGUGUUUCCUUUG